CAGCCAUGGUGGGAUCGGAAAAUGAAAGGUCAGAAACUCUCAAAAUGGAAAUAGUCAAGUUUCACGACCAAAUCCAUCCCCGCAUCGGAAAAACACGUUACGGGGUUUCGCUGGCGAUCUUGUCUCCAUUUUUUCUUCCUCUCCCCCCAGAAUUUUUCAACCCCUGAAAAGCUAUUUUCUUUGAAAUGGUAACACCAGCAACGCGGAUACUUAAUUUUACAAAGCGGUUCUCCGCCCCGGUGACGGAUAGCUACAAUUGUGUCUUAAAAAGCUACUUUGGUCCCAAAUGGGGAAUUGUACUCCCCUCAAGCGGUAUUCCUGACAUGUUUUUCUCCAUGGUUUUGUAUGUUUUUUCUUUUAAGAGCAAAAAGAUAAUGAAAAACACUAUUCUUCCCAAAUCUCCCACUUGAUGCCAUUGAACCUAUCAAUUUCCAUCGAUUUCCUUUCCUCCCUGCGGGAAGCGGCUUUAAGAAUGAUCGCUCAAAGCAAAAAAUCAUGGACCUAUUACUGUGUAGCUUGAUGCACAAACGUGUUGCCUUUUUUUUUCCGGCAAGAUAUGCUUACCGAUCCUGCUAAUCGAUACCCAAUGAUAUGGCAACACAGAGCAAAAAUUUUUCAUUGUUUUUGAUUCGUUCCCCCCACAAGCAAA